GCAUGUUGAGAAAGAACGUCAUCUGCCUCAUACAUGUAGCUUUAGCCGAAAUAAGCUAGUCGUUUAAAUCACAGAUAGUCUUCAUCUUAUCAGAACGUCUUUCAUUCUUUUCCACCGACAUCCAACGUGACGGCUCUUUAUGAUGUGCUUCCCGUGUCUACAGUGCCAAACAUGUAUUUAAAAGUCUUAUUCCGCUGCAGAGACAUGCUGAAAGCAGAACUGAUCGUGUGAAAUGCAGGCUAGCCUAAUCAAAGCUAGCUGACGAGCAGGGGCCGAGAAGCGAAAGUGGCUAACGAGAGAUAAGCUGAUCACAACAAGCCUGGGUACGUUAGCACACCUACCACUGAAGCAGCAAGAAGAAGGACCGAUACAGAUAGUUCCUUUCCUACAGAAGUCAUGGGUGCGUUCCUGGACAAACCCAAGACAGAGAAGCACAACUCACACGGCGAGGGAAAUGGCCUUCACUUUGGGCUCAGCUCCAUGCAGGGCUGGCGGGUGGAGAUGGAGGACGCUCACACAGCUGUGCUGGAACUUCCUGCUCCUGGCAUGACUGACUGGUCCUUCUUUGCUGUGUAUGAUGGUCACGCUGGAUCAAGGGUUGCAAACUACUGCUCUAAGCACCUUCUGAAACACGUAAUCAGUGCCAGCUUCGAGGCUGGAGCAUCACAAGGUUCCCACACAGGUUCAGACAGCUCCACCAACGAUCCUCCAGCCUCAAUUCCUCCAACAGUAGAGGCUGUGAAAUCGGGGAUCCGGACAGGUUUCCUGAGGAUUGAUGAGCACAUGCGCAGCUCAUCUGACCUUCGCAAUAGCAUGGACCGCAGUGGCUCCACAGCAGUGGGAGUCCUCGUGUCCCCGGAUCAUUUCUUCUUCAUAAAUUGCGGGGACUCUCGAGCUGUUCUGUUCCGCAACUCACACGUGUGCUUCUCCACACUCGACCACAAGCCCUGCAACCCACGUGAGAGAGAACGCAUCCAGAACGCAGGUGGCUCAGUGAUGAUUCAGAGGGUUAAUGGGUCAUUGGCCGUAUCCCGAGCCUUAGGGGAUUAUGACUACAAGUGCGUGGAAGGCAAAGGUCCCACAGAGCAGCUGGUUAGUCCAGAACCAGCUGUGUUUGAGAUGGUUCGGGCCCCAGAGCAGGAUCAGUUUGUGGUACUGGCGUGUGAUGGCAUCUGGGAUGUCAUGUCCAACGAGGAGCUGUGUGAGUUUGUGAAAUCUAGACUGGAGGUGUCUGAUGACCUGGAGAGAGUCUGCAAUGAAGUGGUGGACACCUGCCUGCACAAGGGGAGUCGGGACAACAUGAGUGUUGUGUUAGUGUGCUUGGCCAGCGCUCCCAAAGUGUCAGAGGAAGCUGUGAGGAAAGACGCUGACCUCAACAAAUAUCUGGAGUCUCGAGUGGAAGAGAUGCUGUCUCGACCAGGGGAGGAAGGGUUUCCAGACCUGGGAACAGUGAUGAGAAACCUCUCCACUGACAGUGGCAUGCCCACGCUGCCACCAGGGGGAGGCCUCGCCAGCAAACGCAGUGUUAUUGAAGCAGUUUACAACCGUCUGAACCCAUACAAGGAAGAAGAUGGGAGCGGAGCAGAGUUGGAGUGCCACUGGUAGCUUCCCAGCACAACUGCCUGAUCCAAAAGGAAAAAAAUACAAAUAGGACCACUUUUCCACACAAGAUCACAUCCAUGGUCACCCUUUGAUUUCCUCUGGGAUCCUUUUGUUAUUCACCCACACUAAGACAUCAGUCCAAGCAGAAAUCCAGGUUUUAAAAACGAAAAAAACUCACUCAAUGUGGAGGACUGCAAAACAAAGUUUCUUGGUUCUUUUGUAGAAUAAAACAGAAAAAUAAAAAUAAAACCUGCGUUGACGGCUUGUAAGCAGAACUACAUAUACCUUAUAGAGACCAGACAAGAGGCAAACAAGCACAGAUUUCUAUUGGUCCUCUCUUUUUCUUUUUCUCUCUUUUUGGCGGUUGUUUUUGUUGUGGAUUGAUGGAGAUGCUGCUGUGAAUGCUUUGGUGCCUGUCUUAGAACAGAGAAAGAAGGGAGGACAACACAACUCAACAGCUGUCCAGCAACUCAUUACUAAACCUGCUACUUACGGAUAAGUUACUGGACUGAAGUUGGCUUCAUUUUUUUGGCAUUAUUUGUUAAAUGACCUGCCUGGCAGCCAAUGGAUCACACAAGCCUGAGACUCACACACACCUCAAGCUCUUCAGUUCAGGCAAGCUUGGAGUUAUUGGCAUUACUGGUACUCCACCCCAGGGGCCCUUGAGCAAGCCUCCCCAAAACUUCCAGUGGAGUACUCUCAAGAGAACCAAGUCUGUUUUGCAAGGAAAAUCAUUUUUGGCUUCUUCUUUGUUCCGUGUCUAAACUAAAACAGGAAAAGGAAUAACACGGAGUCAGCUGACUCGUCUUGCAUGUUCCUGCUCAUUUUCUCUCCCCCUGUCUCUUUAAGGCUGAUACCAAAUGGUGGUUUUCUCAUUCUUCCCUUUUGCUUUCCUCUGCCUUUCCUAUGUGAUAGAAGACACUCAGCUGUCAUUUGUAUUGAUGGGCAUUGUCAGAGUUGUAAGCUUUUCAGCCUGCUGUUGUGUAAACGAUAUAGAGAUAGAAAUGAUAUAUUCAAUUGUAUAUAUAUAUACAUAUAUAUGUAUGUAUAUAUAUUUAUAUAUACAUACAUAUAUGUAUAUUUCUACACAGCAGAUUUCCAAAGUCAGGGUUUGUAGAGCUUCUCUUCUUCGCCUUCUCCUUUUCCUUCGUCGUCUUCUUUGUCGUCCAUGUCCUCUCAGCACAUGCACAAUCCUGCUCUUACUAAAACUUGCCUUUUCUAUCUCCUGAAUAUCCUGUUUAAAGAAAGAAAAUGCCUUUUUGUUUAGAUUAGGACAAAUCCAUGACAAAUUAAUUUUAUAAUGUUUUGAUAUAUAUGACUUUUAGAGAACCUUGGGCUGUGAUCCUACUAUAGAUGGAUAAGGAAACGAGGGGAGCAAAAACUACGUCUUGUACAGCAGACUGGGAGAGAGGAGUAGGUUUUUCACUGUUGGAAAUAAAGGAGGGACACUGUACGAAACUGUAGAAAAGAAGAGUCCUCGAGCUGCUCCUAGUCUUGAUUUUUCCACAGCUACCUUCAUAGACUUUACCCCAAAGGCACAGGGUGAUGGCUGGGAAAAUCUCUGCUUUAGACUCUAUGGAUUAACUAGGAGUCUGUUUCAUAUUGGGCAACCCAAGCACUAAUACCUGAAACUACAGGCAGAAAUAUUUGUCAUAAAAGCCUCCCCUUACAGACAAAGUGGGUACACAUACUUUACCUGUGUACUCCUUUCUGUAUGCAUUCAAAACAGCAUAUACAAACCUGUAAUAUACACUUUGUUUCAAUCAUUCACAGGUAAAUUCAUUGUAUUUUUCUGAAGUGGCAGUAUUGAAAGAGAAAAGGCCUACAAGAGUUUGCCGGCUGAUUUAUGUUCUCGUGGUACACUUGCUCUUGGUGCCAUAUGACAAAUAGGUACUUGAAUGUGUAGUUGUUUUGCAGUUGAGUUGUUUUAAUGGGCUGAUUGUUUUUUUUUCUUUUUUUCCCCGUUUGUUUUGUGGUGGAGGGAGUGGGAGGGGUGGGAUCUCUAUUAGCUGUGCAUGUUUUUGAGGGAGGAGUGUAUUUUGUGUGUGAGUGGGAGAUGUACUUAGUGGGAGGAUGGGGGUAAUGUGGGCAUGUACAGUGUGGUGAAACACAACGUUAGAGAGGGAAGAUGACUACUUUUUUUUUUUUUUACAUUGUAAUGGGUUUCACCACACUGAAAACAACCCUUAAGUUGAGGUUUAUGUUUAAGCUAUUACAGACACUGGGCUCAGAGAGGAACAACAGGAGGGAGAAACAUUUAUUUUUUUUGAAUGUAUUUUUAUUUUUUUCAAUCUUCACACUGAUUCCACUGCAUGGACUGAAAACAAGCCACAUUUGCAGCUCUCCUCAUGUCUUCAUCGAAUAUUAAAACAAGCUUUCUUUGUUUCCUUUUUGUAAAAAACAUAAAAACUUUAUUUUCUGUUUGAGAAAUUUACUAAGGAAUAAAGAACUCCAGAGGCUUGGAGAUAUCUGAAUAAUUACCCCCUAACAUGUUGCGUCAGUUACAAGAUGUCAAAGAAAGAUCAUUUUACAUUGCAUACGACUGGGACUGCAGAGUCCUGGUGAGAAUCUAGUUACAGAUACACAAUAGGUAACAAAAAACAUAACAUUCCUGAAUCUUUGUUAUCUUUGCCUCCUUCUGUCCUCUCUGCUCACUCUUUCAACACGAACUGUAAGACACGUGUGACGGCAGUGAUAAAUUCCACGCUUGUUUUUUUUAUUUAUUCCUGUUCUUAGUGCUUAUACAAAUGCUGUAUUUUGAAGACAGAAUGCAGUAAUGAUAAGCUGGUGUUCAUUUGAGAGUUACUUAGAACCCAAUCAUCUUCACUUUACAGCUUUUAGGAGACUAAAGGCAGGUGAGAUUACGAAGGGUAUUCACCACCUCUUCUUCCUGUACUAAUUUCCCUGUAAGCUAUUGUGAUGUUACAGACCAUACAGUGAACAUAAACGUCAAUAAAAGAUGGAUUUAAGUUGAAA